CACCACCCUUCAACGUAUACGAGAAGCUAUCUAUUUUCACCUUGGCGAACGCUCGAGCUCGCGGAUAUCUAGCCAUCUGUACACUGAAAAUAUAUAUCCAAGGUCUACGAUCGUUGUUUGAUGUACCAGGAGUCCUGGGUCCUCGUCAGAUGCACAUUUAUGACUUGAAUAAUCUACAGCUGCUAUGCACAAGCAUGGCCAUUCACAUCAACCCGUCGCCCAAAGCGCCAAUGGAGCACGAGGCGUGCUUGGUCAAGGACCCUCACAUCUUCCCUUACCCAACCGCUCAAAGCCUCUAUGGACUCGAGACAGCCCUGUCGCUUCUGGCUUCGGGGUGAAUGCACCUUUGGAGACCGGUGUCGAAACUCACACCAAACCCAUGGCGUUCUUGUUAACGAAAUAGACCGACAACAUGCUCCCGCGCUCCCCAAGCGUGGUGCAGUGACGAUGGCUUGUCCUUACUUCUCGAAGGGGAUCUGCAACUUCGGAGAUCAGUGUCAUUAUUCUCACUUGUCACGAACAGAAUUACCUUCGCCUGACGCCUCGCGUACAAGUCGGUUUCCAGCUUCAACCCUCUCGGCAUUUGGGUCGUGCAAGUUCUUCAAGGCUGGAAAGUGCACCAAUGCCAAAUGUCCCUUUCCUCACGUCGGAAACCCCGUCGCUCCUACUUACAUCAAUCCACCAAUCAAGACGAUCACUGGUGUGAUUCCUCAAAGAGAGAACCUAUUGAUAGAUACUCCACACUCGAGCGAGAAAGACGACUCAAGGCUUGAACUUUCAGCGAUGUCGACUGACGAGAAGCUGCACGCUAAUAGCAAAGACCCUGACUUAGCUAGUGAUAGGCCGUCCAUAUCUCUUGAUGCCUUUGGCUGCAAGGCUGAGUUUGGUGACGGGGCGUCUGUUCUCCGGGUCACCACCGCCUUCGAGUCAUGCGCGGUGAUAGUAUUCAAUAUCCCUCCAGACACCUCUCGGGACGCGUUGAUUGAACUACUGGAGUCCUUUGGACACAUCAAAAACCUGACACUUCACCUGGAGGAUGGGUCCGUGCGCGUGGAGUAUAUGAAUUCCUCUCAAGCAGCUGCGGCAGUUGAAGGUCUUAGCGACCGCCACUUCCGCUCAAGAACAUUGUCUGCAAGGUUUGACCUCCGCGCGGUUGAGGUGGGCCCUGCAACGCUUCGGAGCACCAAGGUCAAAGUCAGUUGGUUUGCGCCGUCUGUCAUCGCAUGGGCGCACUACGACACCGUGUCCACUGCGAGAGCCCAGGCACAGAGGCUGGAUGGGACGAUGUUAGGCACUUGCAAGCUUGUUGUCACAUUUCAGAUGCCCACUAGGAACCAGCAUGAUUCUUUCUCUAUCGUUAUCAAAGGUUUGCCAUCCUCAGUCGCCGCGAUUCCUGGGAGAUAUGUUGGAGCCUUGAAAUCGUUCACGCAAUCCCGUUCGAUCACGCUUGGCCGACUGACCUACGAUCAAGAGGUUGCCGUCUCAUCCAUACGAGUGGCGCUCAGUCGCUUUGGACUGUUGGACUCGUUCGACGUCAUGCACACCAGCGGGAAGAAAUGUGUCGCGUGGGCUCAGUUCUCAACCGCCGAUGAAGCCGAGAAGGCGGUCAAAGAGCUAAAUAAUCGUCCUCAGAACUGUCUCGGGGGCAAGAGCCCGUUGUGGUUGGAGCAGAUCCACUCCUUCAAGUUCACACUGCCUGCUAUCCAGUUUGCUGCUGUACAAGCUGACCUCGAUCGCUUGCGAGCCACUUCGGACGUUCAGUGUAAGCUUCGUUACUACGACAAGGACGGUGAAGGCAAUAUGGUGGACCCGGUCUGUAUUCGAUUGUCGGGUUCGGAUGCCAAGGCCCUCGGACAUGCGAAGGCUGAACUGGAGGAGAUCAUACAAGGGGAAAGGCUCGUGCGGCCGGGAGACCUGCCAAUUUGGGACGACUUCUUCGUUGGGCCUGUAGGCAAGACCUUCCUGCUCAAUGUGCACGAGCGCACUGGCGCUUGCGUCAAAUGCGACGUUCGCUCUCGUACAAUCCAGAUCUACGGGAUCGAAGAGGCUCGAAGUCGUGCCAAGGACAUAGUAUUUAUCCGGUUUGAUGAGAUUAGGGCUCGCCGCCACAUCAUCGUCGUCGAGAAGGCGUGGUUGCGCGCGCUGGUAUCUGGUGGAUUCAAGGACAUGCAGGACGAACUUGGACAUCAGAAGCUUGUGCUCGAUAUAGCAAGUCGAACCAUCUUGGUCCAUGGUGAUGAGCAAGAUGUGCUGAUGGCUCGACGGAGCUUAGAGCGCAUAAAGACUGGCGAAGUCGAUCCAUUGGAGGACGACGACAACGACAAUGAACGUUGUCCCGUAUGCUUUUGUGACGCGACCAAUCCCACCGAACUUCCUUGUGGGCAUCUCUACGAUACCGAGUGCCUCAGACAUUUCAUCAAAUCGGCUAUCACCACCGAUUUUCAACCGCUCCGAUGUGUCAAGGAUCUAGGUGAAGGUCAGACAUGCGCCGUACAAGUGCCGCACUCGAUCAUCCGAGACCUUAUCACCCCGGGCGAAGAACGUCUACUCCUUGAGGCUUCUCUACGUGCAUUUAUGCACUCCCGCCCACACGAAUUUCACUACUGCCCUACGCCGGACUGCCCUACCGUCUAUCGACCCGGCCGUGCAGGAAUAGUCCUUCGCUGCCCCGCCUGCAUGGAACGUGUCUGCCCUAGCUGCCAUGUCGAGUACCACGAGGGGUUAUCCUGUGAAGAAUACAAGGACAGCAUUUCUGAAAACUCGGAGAUAUUUGCGAGGUGGAAGGAGGCGAAUGGCAUCAAGACGUGUCCGGGUUGUAAUGCCGAUAUCCAGAAGAACGGGGGCUGCAACCAUAUUCGAUGCGCGCGCUGCAAGACGCAUAUAUGCUGGUUCUGUAUGAAGAGCUUCGGUGAUGGCAGCUCGGAUCGUGGGAUAUAUGCGCACAUGAGGUCGGUCCAUGGGGGCAUCGGCAUUUGACCCAGUCAGAAGUCAGAAGUGCUAAUGGUAUCUUCUAUACUUCAUCUUGCCUGAUUAUAGAUACGAUGAAAUCUACUACUGACUCUUUCUCAUCUACACCAUUGACAUGUUCCGCGACUAUCGAGAAUGAUUACUUC